CGGAACCGUACUACUCCUCUUCCUUCCCUUCGUUUAGGCUCCGAUCGUCGGGAACUAGGGUUAGGGUUUCGCUUUCAAUAUCGAUUUGGAGGGGUUUUGAGCGGACCUUGAGCUGUUAGGCUGGGGGUCUGGAUUGAGGCGUGUUUGCAGGCAUUUUGAGGAUUGUUGUUUUCUUGAGAUUGGAGGGCUGGAUUAGGGUUUUGCAGACUGACUUUGGAACUCAGGAGACAUGGAUGACGGAGAACGAGAUGGGGAUGCUAGAACUUUCAGGGCUAACUUCUCAGGAGAGGGUGCUGCAAUGCUGCGGGAGAGGGUGAAGGAAAAACUGAAGGAGUUCAUGGGGGAUUACACAGAUGACACCCUUGUGGAAUAUGUGAUCGUCUUACUUAAGAAUGGUAGGCGGAAAGAUGAGGCUAUGAAAGAACUAAAUGUGUUUUUGGGGGAUGACAGUGUAUCUUUCGUAUCCUGGUUGUGGGAUCAUCUUUCUUCAAACUUGCAUGUGUAUGUGCAGCCUAAAGAAUCUAUUCCUGAGAAGGCCACUAAGGCAAAGCCUACAUUGGAUGUAUUGUCAGGAAAACGAUCACAGGAAGAAAAUGCUGCGGGGAAUAAGCUAGCUGAUUCUGAAAAUGAGAGAGAGAAGUUGAACAAAGAAUCUCGAAGUCGGCGCAAUAGGGAAUGGAAAGGAUUGGUGCAAGAGAUAUCGUCAGUUCCUAUUCAAAAGAGUUUCACUGGGAGUACCCAACAUGAGGGGAAGAACCAUCAGAGAAAAACUAUCGGUAGAAGAUCCCGUUCUCCUAGACUGCAUAGCAACAGAAAGAGGGUCAGACAAGAAGAAGAAUUGUCUGUAAAGCAGAGAGAGUCAGCUUCAGUUCCUGUAAUUGAUGCACCCCGUCGGCUUCUUCAAUUUGCUGUUAGAGAUGCUGUGAAGCCUAUCCAACGACCAAGUUCAAGAGCUGAACCCGCCAUAAAGCGUCUUCGCUCUGUGGUUUCUACAUCAAAUACGGAUUCUGUGCUAGAUGAGCGACCCCAGAGAAAGAGAUCUGUGGGCCGAGUUGCAGGUCCUGUUGCAACAGCACUUAAGGCUGCAGCAGAAGCUGCUGAAGAUGUGAGUAAGGUUAGACACUCAGGAAGUGUUUUCGACAGAUUGGACCGGAGUGCUUCGACAAAAAGGAUUAUUAAUCGGACAUCAGAUUUGGAGGAACAUGUUCCUGAAGUUGAGUAUGAUGAUUAUGAUCAGAUCCCAGGGUCAAACUACUCAGAUUUUCAAGGGAGGCGUGAGUACUUUGGAGAGUUCAAUGGGGAUACAGCAAUGUUAGAUCGGGAUAAUGAGGUAGCCACUGAUUCUGCCUCUGACGAUGAUGGAUAUGAUUGUUUAGGUGUUUCUAGAUCUCGAGAUUUUGAUUUUUCACAAAGUGUUUCAUCUGCAAGUAGAGACAAUAAAUCACUGAUGGUGCAGUAUAGUGUUGCUCAGGAUGUUGAUGAGGUUUUAAGGAAAACAAAGCCGGCAAUUGAGGAUCUCCCAACUAGUGCUGCAUCAAAGGGAACUAGCAAGAUUGUGAAUAUCUCAGUUAAUGUGAAUACAUGGAAACCACCCCACUACAAAGAAUGCAGGGAUGCCACAAAAGGGGAGAAUCAAAUGGCUGUUGACAGGAGCGAGGCGAGUGCAGCUAAGCCAAGCGCUCAGGUUUUAAAAGAGAACGUCACUGCCAAGACUGAGAAUGAAAAUGCAAAAACUCAGAAAGAUACACUAAAGGAGCCUCAGAAGGUUGCAGGAUCAGUACCUGGUUCAUACACUUCGGGACGUACUGAGGAUGUGGAUUCUCGAACAGUCUUUGUUAGCAAUGUCCACUUUGCUGCCACAAAAGACACUCUUUCUCGGCACUUUAAUAAAUUUGGAGAAGUGCUGAAAGUAAUUAUUUUAACUGAUGCAGCUACUAGCCAACCAACUGGUUCAGCAUAUGUGGAAUUCUUAAGGAAGGAAUCUGCGGAGCUUGCGCUGUCAUUGAAUGGCACGUCAUUUAUGUCACGGAUCCUUAAGGUUGUCAGAAGAAGCUCUGCACAUCCUGAAGCUGCUGCAAUGAUGAUUGGGUGGCCCCGAAGUGCACGUGGCUCUCCUUAUACUUCCCGGCUCAGCAGAGGUAUACCAUAUUCAAGGGGUGUCCUUCCUAGUGUGUUCAGAGGCCGUCUUCCUUUAAAAUCUGGAGCAAGAAGCUUGCAGUGGAGGCGUGAGGCUUCUGCUCAAAAAGGCUCUCAGACUGCUUCAGCAGCUGCUGGAAACACUGUUCUGUCUCCAACUGGCAGGAACCUCACAUAUGUUCGUCCAGAUACAAAAACAGAUGCCAGUUCUGCUGCGGUAUAACUAAUCUCCAUAUCCAAAGGGUAUAUAUAUGAGUUUGCAUUGGGCAACUUAUUUUUACAGUUAACAAGCAGAGAGAAGAAUGGUAUUCAGAAGAUAGUGGAGUUCUUGGAAAGGUUAUUUUCAUGGUUUCAUUUUUAACAUUUCAGAGACUCGUAUUCAAGUUGGCUGGAGAUCAUUUUUGGGGACAAAAAAAAUAAGUUUUGUGGCUGAAAACAAUUGUUUUGCUGCCUUCUCAUCUGGUAUCAAAGCGAAAAGGUGACUGUUAUCAUCUUAUCAUGGCUUCUUUUUACGACAUUCAGAGGAGUAUGCUGUGCUCAACUCAAGAUGGCUGGUAUCAUUCUGGAAAAAUCUAUUUCAUGGAGAUAGAGCGCUUUAGUAUCUUGUUCAGGAACAGGGCUGGCUGAAUGUUUUAUGACCCUGCACUUUGCUUGGGGAUGUGUUUCAGGAAGGCCCUAUGGAUGGAGAUGCUGAAAUGGUCAAAAUAAAUCUUUCCUUCUUUAAUCUUUUCCACAGACUGCUUAUUAAUUUAACUUUGUUGCUUUUCUACCUAAAAAACCUUCUUUUUUUUUUUUGUUAAAGAAAAGAAAGAAAAAUGGCUGUGAAAAAAUAUAGUUCUAAGUUUCAUGUGAGAUGUUUGAUGAUGCAACUUUUCCUUUGGAUUCUGUCUAUAAGACUGCAUUUUGUUGGAAAUUUCAUU